UGUUAAAAAUCAUUCAAACAUUCAUUAUGUUAUUUGAGUUUUGUUCGAGUGGGUGAUAUUAAAAAUAAGAAUGGGUUUUUGUAAAUAUUUUCCUUCGGUAGUGAUUGUUCUUAUGACGGUGAUACAAUUAAGUGAGGGCAAAAAUGAUACUAAACUUGAUGCCCAUAAUGAUACAAUUUUAUCCCGGAAGGAACGUUUUAUUGCAUUUCCAAUGGGAUCAACAUUUUCGGUUGCUGUUUGUAUGACAGUUGGAACAAUUGGAAAUCCAAAUGUUAACUAUCUCAGUCUUGGCAUGAAUUGGGGUAUUGCUUAUGAGCUGCCAAAUAUUACAUGGGUCCUAGAACAAGCUCAUGGUUUCCCAAAGAAACCUGCACCUGCGCCAGAACCUGUUAUUAAGCGGAGAUACCGCAGGGAUUUGUAUCAGAAGUUGGAACUGUUAAUGGAUGGCCUUAAGAUAGUUGAGACUUACAAAUCAGUAGAUUUAUUAAAUUUUAACUAUGGCACUCAAUUACCAACCGAGGAGUCAUAUUUAAUGAAAAAGAAUGAGAUUAUUCCACAUCGCAGAUCGAAGCGUUAUAUUGCAUUUCCCGAAGGAUCUUCAUUUACUUGUGCAGUCUGUUUCACUGUCGGGGUAGUGGGAAGUCCUAGAAUCAACUAUUUGAGUUAUGGUCUCAAUUGGGGCAUUGCAUAUGACCUGCCUAACGAGACCUGGAUAAUUGACCAUUUGCAUGGUUUUAGCAACACACGUCAGCCGUCGCUUGCGGUGUUGAAACGUCGCAAUCGCAGAUCAUUGUAUCAUUCAAUUGAGAAUUUGAUUGACAGAAUGGGAUAUAAUGGACGAGAUUGUGUACUGCGGGCGCUAUGUGAGAGCAGGCAAUUCUUCCAAUCGAAAAAGCUCGGAAUGAUACCGGAAUUAAUAAGGACGAUUUUUUCUUUGCCCAAAACAAGACUACUUACAAGAGAGAUUGAAGAACAUUCAGAUAUUAAACAUUACAAUGAUGCCUAUUUUCGAGAUGAAGACGAAGAUUGUGAGUUGAGAUAUCCGUGUUCUUUUUCGUUAUUGGAAUUAGCUAUGGGAAGAUAUUCUGAACCGUCAGAGCACUUUUAUGGAGACUAUUAA